CCUCCCUUUUUUUUUUUUUUUUCUUGUCUAUCCUCUCCCCUCCCAUCCUCGCCGAGGGAGCCGGCGCUCGGAGAUGGGGCUCGGUUGCUGAGCCGCCAGCCCCCGCCCUCACACCCCCGCCGGAACUGUUUGCACUAACCCCGCGCCCCUGGGAACAAGAGCACUCAAGGUGAAGGACAAUAAUCAACUUGAAUCAGCAUUUUCAAUGAAAUUUUGUUUCCCUGUGGCAUCUUGAACACUUUCUUCUUUGGGUUUUGAAACAGACUUAUAACUCUGUGGCACAGCAGCUAUGCAGCUUGAAAUCCAAGUAGCACUCAAUUUUAUUAUUUCAUAUCUGUACAAUAAGCUUCCCAGACGACGUGUCAACAUUUUUGGUGAAGAGCUUGAAAGACUUCUGAAAAAGAAGUAUGAAGGGCACUGGUAUCCAGAAAAGCCAUACAAAGGAUCAGGGUUUAGAUGUAUUCAUAUAGGGGAGAAAGUGGACCCAGUAAUAGAACAAGCAUCCAAAGAGAGUGGUUUGGACAUUGAUGAUGUUCGCGGCAACUUGCCUCAGGAUCUUAGUGUUUGGAUUGACCCAUUUGAGGUUUCAUACCAAAUCGGUGAAAAGGGACCAGUGAAAGUGCUUUAUGUGGAUGAUAAUGAAAAUGGAUGUGAGUUGGAUAAGGAAAUCAAGAACAGCUUUAACCCCGAAGCCCAGGUGUUCAUGCCUAUUAGUGACCCAGCAUCUUCAGUGUCCAGUUCUCCUUCUCCUCCCUUUGGUCACUCAGCUGCUGUGAGCCCCACCUUCAUGCCCCGCUCUACUCAGCCUUUAACCUUCACCACUGCCACAUUUGCUGCCACCAAGUUUGGCUCAACCAAAAUGAAGAACAGCGGCCGUGGCAACAAGGUCGCCCGCACCUCUCCCACCAACCUUGGCUUGAAUGUCAAUGAGCUGUUGAAGCAGAAAUCCCUCUCCUCCUCCAUGCACUCUCUGUAUGGGCUUGGCCUAGGCAGUCAGCAGCAGCAGCAGAAGAGUUCUGCUCUCUCUCCUAACGCAAAGGAGUUCGUUGUCCCCAACGUGCAGGGUCAAGGUAGCAGCAUCUUUCCUGGUGACAGCCCGCUGAACCUCAGUCCUCUCCAGUACAGUAAUGCCUUUGAUAUGUUUGCAGCCUAUGGAGGUUUAAAUGAGAAGUCUUUUGUGGAUGGCUUGAAUUUUAGUUUAAACAACAUGCAGUAUUCUAACCAGCAAUUCCAGCCAGUUAUGGCUAACUGAAAAUAAACAGAGAAAUCCAAGUAAAUACUAUUGUACAAGUUGAAGUGCACGUACCCAAGGGUGUAUCUUUUUUCCCACCUCUUGAGAUUUUUUUUAAGGCUUGUAGUAUGAAUACAUUCAGGCUUGGUUAGAUAAAUACAACAUGCAUCAUUUUUUCAUUUGCCAACCAAGCACAAAAUUAUUUUAUACUGACUGUACAUUACAAAAAUAUACUCUCAAAAAUAUGGCCUCUUACAGUAUUUAAGAUAUAGCAAGGAAGUGGCUAAUUUUUUCAUGUGUAUAUAUAUGUGUGCUCAGACAUAUAUGUAUAUGUAUUAAAAAAUUGGCACUAAUAGGUGGGUUUAUUGGUCUUUUUCUAAUUGUAUAAUUUAAUUUAGUACAAAGUUUGUAAAAUAUCAGAGUAUAUAUAUUGUUUCUACAACAUGGUAUUGCAUUUAUAUCUUUUUACUACAGUGAUCUGUGACAGCUGCAGCAGCUUCAUGUUGUAUUUUUUUUACUGAAAUUGUAAAAUAUCCAUCUUAAAGACAUCAAUUCUAAAAAAAGUAAAAAGGUUGUGUACAGAAUAUUCCUUAGUGGUGGAAUUAAAAUGUACGAAAUAUUUGCUUUUUUCAAAAGAAACACAAAUUGUAUUUUCUGUUAAAAGUUUAAAGAUUUUUGCUAUAUAUUAUGGAAGAAAAUGUAAUCGUAAAUAUUAAUUUUGUACCUACAUUGUGCAAUACUUGAAAAAAGGUAUAAAAGUAUUUUGAGUCAGUGUCUUACAUGUUAAGAGGGACUGAAAUAGUUUAUAUUAAGUUUGUAUUAAAAUUCUUUAAAAUUA